AUGGCAAGCUGCACCAUUUCUGUCCGCUUUGACCCCUCAGGGUCUAAGAUAAACUACUCGCCUAUCGGAACCGAGACUUCCGACGCCCUAACCGUCUCGCUUUCUACACCACCUGUGGCAAAAAUGCCACGAAGAACCCAUAAAAAAUCAAGAAAUGGCUGCAUUGAAUGCAAACGCCGUCACAUGAAGUGUGAUGAGCAAAGACCAAUAUGUUCCAACUGUAUCAGUUCGGCGCGGGGCUGUCAGUUCGUGGGGCCGGAGCCGAUCCUACAUUCUUCACGGAGUGUUAGCCGUGAAACAGCAUCUGCAUCACCAGCAGUUGGGCCCUCUGCUGUGGCCUCACCAAAUCAACAAGCCGGCAAGGAUCCUGAAUGUGCACCUGUUAAUAUGCUUCAUGUCGAACUCGCCCACAAUCUCUCUGCUGAAGCACUGAAGGUAUUUGAGAAACCAAAUAUCACGUCGUCAGUUUCAUUCCAGGAUAUCCUACAGUACUGCCUUGGUGCGCCAUAUCUCAUGAAUGAGCUUCUAUCUCUUAGCGCUUUACACCUCAGCAUUAUGAGGCCAGGACAGCGAACAUUUUACAGAGACCAUUCCACCGAACUACAAAAUCAUGCAUUGGGCGCAUUUCAUGGGUUGUCCUCACAAAUCACAGAUGAGAAUUGUGUCCCUGUCUUUCUGUUCGCUGGCGUUUUAGGGUUACACAUGCUCUGUGAAACACUAGUCUGUCGCGAAGAUAACUUCGAAAGAUUUCUGGACCGCUUUGUACAAUACGUUAUCGUACAUCAUGGGGUGCGGAUAGUUACAGGACAAGGGAGAUGGGUACUUUUGCAGCAAACAGCAUUGAAGCCGCUUUUCGGGGUUUCAGAAAAAAUACCCCCUCUCGAUUCAAGUCUAGGACCAGUUUGUGGGACGCUGUUCAACCGUAUCCGGGCCCUUGGGCUCGACGAGGCUACGGUCAGGAAAUAUGAGCAAGCUAUCCAAGCCCUACAAUCAGUUAUGACCGUUGUGGAGGGGCAACACCUGAGAGGCCAUGACAUAGAUGCUCUGGUGGCAUGGCCGAUCCUUGUUCCUCGUGAAUACAUUGAUCUAGUUGCAGAGAGGAAAGGAGAAGCUUUGGUUAUCUUGGCAUACUUUGGCGCCCUUAUUGAUACGCAACGACAUUGGUGGGUAUUUUGUGAUGGUGGGAGGUAUUUGGUUGACUCAAUCAGCCAAUAUCUUGGGCCUCCGUGGGUAGAAUGGCUCGAGUGGCCUAAGCAAGCCCUAGUGCACGCCGAGCCUGUGUAG